AUGACUACGAAUAUCAGAUUGUUUUUGUUGAGUUCAUUCUCAUCACUCCCCAUACUUCAGAAUGGACCGAUUCAUUCACCAAUUAGUUCCAGUUCUUUGAAGGAUUAUUCUAUGUUUGGGGCACAGACUUUGAAGAGCCGCCCAUCCCGCACUAUCGUUGAAAAUAUCCCUAGACCAUUCAACCAUAACGAGAAGUUCAUUCUCGAAAUCCAUGAGAAACAAGGAACAAAGACAGAAGAAUUUGAUAUUUUUCUUGCUGAUUUCUUCGAAAAAUACAACGGUCCAUCCAAUAGAGAUACUGUUCUCAUAUGGGGCUUCGAGAAGGAACUGGCUCAGAAAAUUUAUAAUAUAGCUGAAAGACACUCAUCCCCUCCUACGCUUGUCUACUCGCCCACGGAUGCCACUAUUCCCAUCUGCAAUAAAUGUGUUCAACCGUUCUGCCGACAUCGUCAAUAUAAUUCCGAGUUUCUGUCGAAGUAUCGGGGGUUAUUAAGAAGUGUUAAAGAGAAGGUCAAUGAUCAGUUGGAAAUCUGGGAUAUAUCGAAGUGGAAAACACAAGAAGAAAAAUUGGAGAAAAAUGUUGGGAUCUUCGGGAUUACGGUCAAAGUCCUUGGGAAAUUUGUUGGUGCAGCUGCCCGCGCAGUAUUCACAUUUGCUUGUGCAAGUCUCAGCUUCUCGGCUGUCCUCGAGGCCAAAGAGUUUUUCGAUUAUCCUAACCUUCCAAUGAAAUUCGAGCCUUCGGAGAAGAAGGUAGGACUUUCACAUUAUCAGCUGGUGAAAGUGCAUAAGACCCUCGCACUCAGAGGAGCCUUAAUAUAA